UGUUUGGUCCGAACGAGUUAGUUUGUUGUAGGUGGCGCGCAGAUAUAACGAAUUUUAGUCAGCUGACUGUGUCUAUACAACAUAAUUUGAAUUGGUCAGGUAUUUAUGUUCACGUCCGGUAAUUUGAUCGAAGGUUACUGCAGAUUUCUUACUAUUUUUAACCCUGACCACAACAUAUUGCAGACUAUUUGUUUUAGUAAUUAAAGUGUUGCACUUCUUCUGGUUAAGCGGUGCAAACUGUUGGUAUUUACUGAUUUUAUUAUAAUGAACUUUCCAACCAAGUUUUAUGGUUGUUGUGAUAGAGCAUUUGUGAGAUAAGGGUUGAAAGAACAGUUCCUAAAAGAGUUGUAUUCAUAUACAUGCGAAAAAUUUAUUUUCUACAUACUGUUAAAAUAAUAUAUAUAAUUUAAAAAAUGAAUGACUCUUUCUUGGAAGACUUAGAAUUAGUACCUGCUGAUGUUAAAACUGUGAAUGCUUAUCAAGUAGAUCGGCAUGUAACAACCAGAACUGCAACAUCGUCCCCCUUACAUAAGACAGAGAAUGUGCACCAUAGAAUUGAACCAGUUGUUCUUGAAAAGCAGCAAUCUGUUAAGGAACUACAUGGAAAGGAUUUAAGGAAGCUGUCUGAACAUGACACUAGAAAAUAUCAAGCGAAGGUAAAAGUAUCUGAAAGGAAGGAGAGAUCUGUUGAGGGGAAGUUGAAACCAAUUGAGAAUAGAGUAAAAGGUGAUGGCAAAGAGCAUGAAGUUAAAGAUGAUGUUAAAACAAAAAUGAGAGAGACAAGAGUUAGGAUUUCUGAGAAUAAAAUUAUUGGGAAAGAUAGAACCCGUCGUUCUGGUAGUUGUAAAGAGAACAAUCAGACCCCAGAUGUAUCUGUUAAAGAAAACAGCAGUACUUCCCAAAUGGAAGUUCCCAAAGACAAAGGAAAGAAACCAGAUUUCAAAGAAACUGAUCCAGUUGCUUUCCUUAAUGCCAUUAAGGACAUAGUAAGCAUCUGUACUAAACAGGAAAGCACAAAAAUUUUGAGAGCAAUGCAGGAACUUCACCUUAAUUCCCAAGCUAAUCUUAUCAAACAUCUCUUAUUUCAAACAGAAGAAAUAGUGAAUGAAAUACAUCCCAGCAAAGAUUCAACUAGAGUAAGAAGCUUAAUUGAACAGAAUGAAAGGCAACAAGAGGACAUUGUUAUCUUGCAAAAGAGGAAUGAAGAGUUGCAGAAGAAGAUGGAGGAAUUUGAAUUUCUUAAACAAGAGAAUAUUGCAUUGAAACUGAAAUGCAAAGAGUUAUCUAAAGAAUAGCAAAAAUGUACACUGCUGUGAUCCUAGGUUCUUAGAAUUCGUUGAUUAACAUGUAUCCAUUCCAUUUCAUUGUUAUUAUCCUUGAUUAUCAUUAAUUAUUAACAUUGAGUAUGAAAAUAUAAGGCAGUUCUGUAACUA